GUUUUUACAGUGGUAUGAUCCACAAAUGUAGAGAUGGCGGCGCCCGUGUUGUUUUGAACCGCGUUUCGUAAUAUUUCGCAUCCAUCGUACUUUCUGCUGAACUGUGCCUAUCUUAAAUCAAAUAAAUAAUGCCCAAGUACUACGAGGCAGGUGAAGUUUUGGAUGACAGCCGACCAUGUGCCGGACUGAGGGCAGAUUUGAAGCAGUGUCUCUCCGAAAGUGACUGUAUGAACAAGGAAGGGAAGUCUGCUAAAGAUUGUCUUCAGGUGUCAAGUACACUGGACCAAAACUGUAGAGCCAUUGCAAAUACGUUCUUUCAGUGUAAAAGAUCACUGGUUGACAACAGGAACAGAUUUCGAGGGAGAAAAGGCUACUGAUUGUUUCGUGCACAAAGAAAUUGCAAACAACCAACCAGACUCUAACUUGGAGUUCAGCGACUUCUUAUCAUCGCAAGCACCGCCUAACCAUUUGUCUUCAGUUUCAACUACUGUAGUGGUAAUUGGAUUAUACCAUCAGAUGCAUAUCUGUUAGCCUGAUUCCUAGCGACCUGCCCUACAGUUUGUUGACAGCCCAGCCAGCGAGAGAUUGUGUAAACACAGGCUACAUGUGUGUGUGUGUUUGACUAGCCUGUAAAAUAUGCUAUGGCGGUUAUAACAUGUUAGAGUUGACAUGCUAGCAAGAAAUAUGACAGAAGUGACCAAGUGUUCUCAAAUAAAGUCUUGAUAUGUAUGCAUUCUCAAUUACUCAUAUCUUCAUGUGAGAGAG